AUGAAAAAGCCUGUCAGCAGGGCCUAUGGAGGUUUCCUGUGUGCUAAACGUGUCCAUGACAGGAUCAAGCACGCUUUCCUCACUGAGGAGCGGAAAAUCAUUGUGAAAGUGUUGAAGGCACAAGCAGAACCCACCCAGCCGCGCGUCCGACCCGAGCGCGCCCUGCGUCUCACGCGGGCACUGGAGCGCGCAGUCACCCGACGGCCGGCCGCGGAGGAAGGAUGGCGCGCAUGGCGCUGCGCUUGGUGCUGUUGCUCCUGGUCGGGGACUUGGCAGGCUCUUCACGUUCUCAACCUGGUCAACUUGCAAAAUAUAGAAGACCAAACUGCAAUAAGUAUAACUUGCCAGCGUGUACCAGAGACUUUAACCCUGUGUGUGGAAGCGACAUGUCCACUUACCCCAACGAGUGUGCUCUGUGCCUGAAA